UCCGGCAGUUUUUAGAGAAACAAGAAUGGGUGUAAAGCGCCAUAUCCAGAUCUGGAAGAAAUAUGAGAGGGAAAUGACUUUGACAAGACGUGAGACUGAGUGUCCGGCUGACUGAUUGCUGGAGCUCAUAAAACUCGAAAAUGCUAUGUCCUGUAAGAGUUGCUCUCAUGACCUUGGCUACCUAUCCUGUGUUCACCGAGGAAAUAUUUGAUUCUGUUCGGAAAUGGAACAUGGAAGCCCUAACUCAAGCCGUGAGAAACUGCAGAAGUAGCGGACAUAAGAAGCUGUAGAAGUUGAAGACACUAAUUCCUUUGAUAUCGAAGCUUUGCGGCGCUCACCCAAGAAACUGGGCUGAGGGAGGCAGAAGCAGAGGCAGAAGGAGAGGAGAUUUCGUGAACGGUAUAAUGAUCGUGGAGCAAGUGUAGUGGGGUUAUAGACGAGCAACUAAAGGAAGACAUGGAAUCUGGAAAUUUCGCAACACAGGAGCAGUCUCAUGUCGAGAAAGAUGUUCUUGCAGCUGGGCGGGCUGCUUGCUACAAGGCACGGGAUGUAUUUUUCAAUUGCGUAGAAGAUGAUUCUGGUCUCACAACAGCAACAGAAAUUGCGUCGGCUGGACUUCUCUACCCAAAGCAGUGCAAACCUGCACGGGCAUCAUACGAGCAGAAUUUUCGGUCGACUUGGGUAAAACAAUUUGACCGUCAGUUUUGUGCUAAGAAGAGAGUGAAGCGCUUAUUAGACACGGGCGAUCGUACUCGCGGCCCCAUUCAUGCACCCGUAAAUAGAGCUGGUUUGCAACCUGAUGAACAUUGACCCCUGGCACCCAUUACUGAUAUUUUUCUAUCAUCAGUUGCUAACUGCCAAGCAAUUCUCAUGCAAGGUUAGAGUGGUUGUGAGCACGUCUGAGCAAAAGAUCAACAUCACAUUGUGCCCAGAGGUAGACUGAUGGUGAGGUUUUAUCGUGACAUAGUUUCAUGGUACUCGUCCUAAACACUGCAUCGUAGUUUGCAAAUAUUGUUUAUUUUGUUUGCACAUUUUUUUACUUAUUUCUGUUGAAUGUACUGGCUCCAAUUUGUAUAUAACAAGGAUCAGCUUGGUGCUGUUGAUUUUGCUGAA